CAAAAGGGAACGGAGGGACCAAAGGACAGCAACGUCCUCCCAAGGGUCCCCGUCCGGGGGUGGCGAGAGACACCGCGCCCCGCACGCGACCCUGCCCCAGGGAGGUGGCGCUAGGCUAGUAGGUAAAGCUCCAAGACACAACAAAAGAGCUCUCAGGAUGCCAGAGCCAGCAAAGUCAACCUCAGCCCCCAAAAAGGGCUCCAAGAAAGCCGUGACAAAGACCCAGAAGAAGGGUGAUAAGAAGCGUCACAAAAGCAGGAAGGAGAGCUACUCCAUCUACGUCUACAAGGUGCUGAAGCAGGUCCAUCCUGACACGGGCAUCUCCUCCAAGGCCAUGGGCAUCAUGAACUCCUUCGUCAAUGACAUCUUUGAGCGCAUUGCUGGGGAAGCCUCCCGCCUGGCGCACUACAACAAGCGCUCCACCAUCACCUCCCGGGAGAUCCAGACGGCCGUGCGCCUGCUGCUGCCCGGAGAGCUGGCCAAGCACGCCGUGUCCGAGGGCACCAAGGCUGUCACCAAGUACACCAGCUCCAAAUAGCUGGAUGUCCCCUCUGCAGCAGGACCAUCGAGCACGGGGCCCUCCACGCCAGCACAGGUGGGCAGCCAUGGUCUGGGUGAAUGGUCACAGCUAUUAUCCACAGCAAUCUGCAGCCUGGGGAUGGGCAGGAGAAGCUGCCCAGAGGAAGGGGAGACAGCGAUCUGGAUGUCGGCUGAUUUUCAUCAUCUCUUCAGGAUGUGGGAAGGAUUUGCCCAGGCUGGUAGUGGAGGCCCCUGCUUUUACAUCUCAUUCAAAGAACUGACCAGCCAUGGUAUAUCCAGUCUCCUCUGUGCUUAGCAAACAUUCACGGUUGGCACUGGGAGGGGGGGACUGGCAGCGGCAGCACAGAGACACCAUCACUGAAGUCUUCCCGUUUGACUGCUUUCUCACAGUCAUCUGAUGUGGGUACUGAAGAGUCAGCGCUGCAUCCUCUCUCUCAGAGCCUGAAUCCCUCCUGGUGUGCAGUGGCUCAGCCCACCCCGUGCUGGCAGAAGUGGCAUCAACAGCUACCAGGCACAUAUUGAUUCAACAGCUAUCUGUGCUUGUCAGCCUGUUUUAAAGAGCAAGCCUGGCAAGCAGGCAGAUGCCCACGUUGGUUCCAAGCGCUAAUCCUCCUCCUUGCUCCUGAUGGAUGAGCCAUGGAGCAGGAUGAGGGUGCUGGAGCUGCCCACUGCCUCCCACCUUGUGCUGAGGUGGAGGGAUGGACAAGGUGGGAUGUUGGGAGUGGGUCUCUAUCUUUCCUGGCUGCUGCUUUGCCUGCCUUAGGACUUGCUUUGGCAUGCAAGACAUUGCUAAUUCUGCUGCUUUUCAGAGACAUUUCCUGCCUUGAUGCUGCCUGGGUGUUCCCUUCCACCAUAAGUGUGGGCAAGAUGGGGUGGUGCCCAUGGGGGUCCCCUCUCCUCUCAGCAAUAGGGUGGUGCAGGACAAACAGCACAGAUGUUUUGGGCAGGAACUGAGGAUUUGGGAAGGCAUCUGGUUGAGGGGUGGGAGGAAGCUGGCUCUCCACAGAGAUCACUGCAGGCAGCUCGCCUGGCCCUGCCCUCCCUAAUUCAUUCAGCAAUUAGAAAGAAAAAGCAAAACUGGGGGCUGGGUGGAUAUAUAGGGACACUUAUCGCAAAUAUUUAAAAGGUUAAAUAGUUUUAAACUACUUCAAAUACUCCCCAUAUCUUUUCAAAGUCUACAGUAAGGUGAGCAAUAAUAAAAUCAUGAUAAAGCCAUAGAGGUUAAGAGAGAAAUGUCUUGGUUACAGGUUUAUCUUGCCCAGACUGCUGGAUAGCAGAAGGGCCUGUGUAGAACUGGUGUGAAGUUGAAGCUUCCUACUCAAACCACAAAAUUAGCCAACAUUAAAAAAAAAAAUCAAAGCCUCUGGUAGGCAGUAACACUCAAAUAAAAAAUAUUCAUGUCUAAAAUAACAACAGCUUUCUGCAACUUACUCUGAAAAUAAAAGGAGCAGCAAGGAGAUAGGAUCCAAAACUAAGUGCAGAUUCUCCCUAAGCUUCAGGACCUUGUUUUUAAUUAAAAGGUAAAAUCAUAUCCCAAAAUAAUAGUCAUGCAGUACAUUUCUAUCUUUCCCCUGUCUUUAUCCUCUUUCUUUACACUUUGAGAGUGAUUGGGACCUUUGGCAAAUUUGUGUUGCUUUUGGAGCUGUAGGACUCUGCAGCUCCAGAAGAUUUGCAUUGCAGUCAUUUUUCCAGCUGGUCUGAGGCACAGCCCUGCUCAGAAGCCUGAGAGCUGCCUGGGGUCUCAUGUGGUCUCUGUGCAGGAGUGAAGGUCAGUUUGUUUAUGGGCUGCUUACACACCCCUGCUUUGGGUGUGAGCACCCCACACUUGAGAGGGGACUUUCCUCCCACACUCUGCUCAGUGAUACCACACAGCUGUGUCUCAUAGCCUGGUGCCAGCAGGAAUCCCUGCUGACAGCUCUCAGAAGGAACAGAACCCAGCUCCCUGGGUGCCAGCACCCACAAGGAGCAGCUCCCAGCAACAGCACCUGUGUUCAGUGUCAGUGGCAUUGGUAUCCUGGGUCUCUUGGCCAGGACACUUUGCAGGUGACAGCUUAGUACUUCCUUUUGUUUCCAAUCAAAUAGUCAAAAUCAGAUACCAAAGAUGAGCAUGGACCUGCAGUGAGCCUAGAGCCACCAUCCUUGACACCUGUGCCCCAGAAAUCCGGGCAGUGGAUGAUGCACCAGGGGGACUGCUGGGAGUGAAGGGUUGGAUGGCAUUGCUGGAGCUUUCUUGCUCUGUCCCUAUGAGCUGCAGGUCAGCAUUCAUCCCUGUGGGGAGCUCUCUUGAAGGCAGGAAUUCAGAGUGGAAUGAACCCUCUCCAGUCCAAGCAGUGUGUUUGAGCCAGGACACACAUCUCCCAGGAUCACCUGGCACAGCCUCUAAACUCUCACUCUUUUGAGCAGAGUCCCACUUGAGUCUCCAUAAGCUGCAAGAAAUAGGAAAAUAAAAUGAGGUGUUGGCCUCACUGAGGGUCUCCUGGGCAGCUCAGGGAGCCAGGAAUGAGCUGGGCACUCAGAUGGGAGCUGCUCACUCCAUACUCAUACUCAGAGUACUGGUCCCAUUUUCUUCUGUCACUGUUGUCAUUCUCCAUUUUUGGAGAUUGUUUCAGAGAGGGGAGAACCAGUGAUUUAAAGCUACAAAAAUACUUGAAGUCUUAAAAAAGAUUUUUAUAUUGUCUAAAGCCAAGUGACUGAGACUGCUCAUGUCCAUCUACUUAUAGUUUAGGUUGUCUUUUUAUGCAUCAUUUGCUCUUCACCGUCCUUUUGUAUUUUUUUUUUCACUCACUCCCAGCAAUGUGAAGCGCAGGAUUGAGGAACUGAUCCAUGUUAAACCUUUUUUACUUUUUUUCCUUUCUUUCAAGUUUUGUUUUAAUACUAUUCUGGUGGCUGCUCUGUUGUACAGACAUUUGUCCCAGCAGAGGGAAGGGAUGAUCCAGGAAAGGCUGGUAUAAGCCAGGACUGACACAGAAAGCAUUUGGGAAGUUAAUGUACAGGACACCAUCCACGGCAGUUAAAUGGGAAUUAGUUUGAAUGUGAUAAGCUUGGGCUGAGCCUUAAUAUUAGAGGCACCAGAAGGUGGUCUAAAAGUUCAAGGAUUGAUUGUCCUCUAGGUAAUCUGAGGUGUGACAUACUUCACAGUUUUCUGGUAAGGAGGUUUGCUGCAGAAGAUGGAUUCUGCACUUCAGGAUCAGUGCUUUUAAAGAAUACAUAUUUCCAGCUCUGGAACUGAGAAAAUGUUUUAAAACUGAAGAUAAUAUACCAAGCCCCACUGUCCCUACCUGAUCCCCUCUGCAGUCCCAAAAGCAUCUCUGGGCCAUGCCUGUGUUUUGCCAAUUAAAGGAAAUCAACUACAGAUUGAAAGUUGGAAGAUGAAAAAGGUAAUACAGCCUUGAUAGUAACCUCAUAUUAACCCCAAGGAUAUAACUGUAUUUGUUAUUUGUUAUUUGUUUUCAUGUACAAUUUAAAAGAUAAAAUAAGCUGCUAUAGAUCUGAUUUUCCACCCUGCUUCCCCAGAAGGGCCUAAAGUCCAUCUGCCUUUCACAGCAGAGUUCAGCCUAUAGAGGAGCUGAGUGUCCCCUGCAUAGAGGCUGGCUCCUGCUCAGGACAGAUGGGUUUUUAGUCAAGCGUGGGGAAAACAAGCCAAAACCAGUGUGGAGGAUGAGUGCCUGUCCUGGACGCAGCUGUGUGCCCCACAAAGGGACACUAAAGAGUCCUGCCCUGUGGAGUUGUGUGGCCUGUGCACCCUUCACUCUGGUGAGAGGCAGCCCUGUGGGUAGCCCCAAGUCCUGCCACCCCUGGAGUAGAGUUUGGCACGGCCUCUGCAUAGCCCUGAGCAUCUGUUCCAUCAUAGCAUUUCCUGAUGGUUCACAUCCAGACCAGAUUGUUUACAGGCAAAGGAAGAAUGGGAACUGAAUAAUAAAAAUCCCUUAGUGACAGAAUUUGGAGUUUCCUGGGAUCACCACCUGGGGAGCAAUCUUUCAUGCUUUCUCCAUGCAUGGUAUCUCUUGGGCUUAUGUACACAGAGUUUUUCUGACAAUAAGUGUUACAUCAAGUAAUCCAUGUUAAAUUGCUGCUGGGUUAUGACCUUAGUGCUGAUUACCUGCUUUCUGUUAAGUGUCUAAAUAAAAUGUAACUUCCAACCUGUUGGAAGUCAAUGGUACCCAGCUGUCAGGGUGUCUUUGCUUCUGCCUUAUCACGAGGGUUCCCCAAGCCCUGCAUUUCUCUUUCUCCAUUUUUCCUCCAGACCUGGGGUGACAGCAACCACCCUUCCAGCAGAGAUGGAUCCUGACAGAGGGUCAGUCAAAAACCAGAGGAGCCCCUCACUGAAGGGAUUUCACAGGCUGCCACUGGAGUCCUCAUGGGGUGUCACUCAAGCCAAACAUGAGUGCAACAUAAACAUCUGUUUUUCUCAAGCCCUUCCAAUGAUCUUGUCCCAGGCAGAGCUGAGCCUGCAAUCUGUCCUUGCCACACUCCUGCUUGGGGUGUGCUCUGCCUGGCACCCAUCAUUUACCCCCAAGCAGGAGCAGUUUGGACUGAACAGUGUGACAUUCUGUGGCUGAAGAAGUGUUUUAUGCACAUUCAGAAUUUCUGUUGAUCUGAAUUAACAAUUGCUAGCACGAGGAACAUCUUUUCUUGGCCUCUUAGAAGUUUAUAGUCAACAGCCAUGGGAUGAGAUGUAGCAUCUGCAAACCCCAGAAAGAAAAAGAUCUUCCCUUUAAAGAAUGAUUGGUAAAUACACUCCAGUGAAGCACUUACCUGCUGGACAUCAGCAUCAUAAUGUGUUCACUGGAGUGGGAAAUGCAUGUGCCAUGCUGGAAAACAAGUUAGGACUUCAGAUAUGGCAUUUAACAGAAAUCAGAGCUAAAAAUGUUUCUAGUGUCUCUAAAGAAAUACAAGCUUAACACAAAUGGGAAAAAUCAGUAUUUAGAGAAAAAAAUCCUAACCUAUAACUAGCUGAUCUGAAGUAUUUAUUUCCAAGGAAACAAAUUUUGCUACUUGCACUGAUUUCCAUUUUCAUACUCCUUUCCAGAGACACACCCACAGUGCACUUUCAAAACAGACCUGACACCAAAGUAUCACAAAGACCCAAACCAGGUUAUAAAAGGUAGAGCAUAACUCUAUGGUCAUGCUUCUCCAGGAUGUUGGGAGAUAACUUUUUUUUAAAUUAUCCAGUUAUUAUCUAAUAAUUACUGAUUGGUUAUUCAAAGACCAUUUAAGAGGACUCAGGUGCCAGAUGAAUGUUGGCAGAACCAAGUAGAAGAACUGAGGAACAUCAAAAGAAAUUAUGAGAGGAUGAGGUUUGAAUUAAGAGGAGCAGCCCUUCAUGCAAUGAGUCCUCCUGUAGAGCCUUUGCCAAUGGCUGCUGGAGAUGCUAGAAUUGGCUCAAGGACAAACUACUGAGAGAAAAAGUCUUUAAGUCUUGCUAAACACAUAAACUGUGCUGAAAAAUAUUGUAGGCUGAGAGAAUACAGAAAAGAAGUGACUGUAUGUGUCUGUCCCACAGUCUAUUGCCUGUUCUGUCACAGCCACAGCUGGAAACAGGAUUUUGGGUUGGAUGCACCAAAGGGCUGGUCUGUACACACAUCAACUGUGAAGAGUUUCAGGCAGAUCUCUUAGGUCUAUGGAGCUUAGAGCUAAGCAUGAAAGAAAGUUUUUUACUUCUAUUUUCUGUGUGGCUCCUGCACUUGCUUUGAUGGUUAUGUGGAUUCUGUUACCCUGGCUUGCAUGAAAGAUGUAAGAGAUGUUUUGUUUCUAAAGUAGUUAGGGUUAAUAAACACAGAUGUUGUGAGAAUGAGGAAUGGAGUUUCUGCUUUCUCUUAUAAUGGAAAGCUGUUCUCAAAAACAUUUCUCAUUUUCUCUCUUGAAGCAGUGGAUUAAAAAAAAAAAUA